CAACGAUUAAAAAGAGUUUAUACAAAAAAACCCAUUUUAAAAAAUGUUUGAUAUGAUUAUUACUUACAUAAUAUUCUUUGAAUUGUCAUCAGUACUUUUUGUGAAUGGAGAUGCCGUGAUGCAUGGUAAAAUGACGCGAAACAUAAAAAAUUAUCAGCUGGCGGUGCCCCAUCGAGCCACACCAGAGGGAGAAUUUGAUACCUUCCAUGUGAACUAUCAUCAUCAGUAUGACACCAAUGAGUUCAACAAUAGAUUCAAGCGGCAAUUAGAUGAUCCGCAUAGUCUACAUUACGGCGUCUUAAUCGAUGAUGAACUGCACCAUUUGGAAGUAUGGCCAAACAGGCACUUGCUCCAUCCCAGGGCUGCCAUAGAACGUUACAACGGUUCAAAAUUUAGAGGAACCAAUAAAAUUCGUAGCCCCCACGACUUAAAAAUGUGUUAUUACCAAGGAAGAAUACGUGGCAUUAAAGAUUCAGCAGUUCAUUUAUCGACUUGUCAUGGUUUAUUGGGUCAAAUUAGUUUUAAUAAUAAAACGUACUUUAUCGAACCUGUUAUGGGACAUACACCGAACUCAGAUGGCCAUCAUUUGCAUGUUAUUCAUGAUGGCGCCGACGAGAAAUUAAAUAAAAAGUUUUGCGGCUCUAAAUCUCAUGUAAAGAGGCACGGGUAUGAUGAAAUCAAAGCCAGUCUCAAGGAGUUGUACCAAAAAAAAGGUUUUUCUGUUCUUAAACGUUCCGCCAAAGGGAAAGAGGAAGAUGCCGCAAGUAAGAUUAAGGAUGCUUCUAUAAGACAAUGGCAGGAAAUUAUGUUGGUACUCGAUCAGUUUGCCAUGGACAAGUACCAAGCAAAUCUGGACGUAGAAGUUUUCGGCCUUCAGCUGAUAAACGGGAUCAACCAAAUUAUGCAUGAUGCAAGCAUGCCAGCAACAAUUGAUCUAGUUCUAGUGCGAAUGAUAUUCCUGGACAAAAACGAGGACACUUUCAAAAUCGCAAAUUCGAAUGACGUGGAUAGAGAGUUGGUCAAUAUUUGCGGUUACACCAAUAGCAUCAACCCGCCGGAAGAAGAUCAUCCCAACCAUCAUGAUUCAGCCAUUUUUGUAACAGGACUGGACAUAUGUCGUGGCCCAGCGGAAUGUGGGGUGACGGGACUUGCUAUAUUAGGUGCCGCAUGUACGAUUCCCAUGAAUUGUCAAGUUAUUGAGAGUGAGGGUAUGCACACAGCAUUUGUAGCUGCCCACGAGCAGGGUCAUUUAAUGUCAAUGGAUCAUGACGUAUAUAAUCCACCAACCUACCCGUGUACAAUCACCGAUACAUAUGAUAACUCUAUAUAUGUGAUGGUUCCAAUGCUAACUCCACUUAUUAAAAGAUAUUCUCCAUGUUCCAUUGCAAGUUUCCUAACAUUCACCAAGGAACACUAUUUUGACUGCUUUUACGACGAGCCUUCUAACACGGAUUACAGUGAAGCGGAAGCGUCUAACAUGAUGCCUGGCCAGCUGUACAGCGUAGAGCAACAAUGCUUCCUUUUAAUUGGCAAUGUUAACAAAACGACAAGAGAGGGAGAGCCGUGCCCUAUAAAAGGGAUCAUAGAGUGUAGUAGACUAUUAUGUAGAACAGCAAAAUCGUGCAUUAUGGCACGUAAUGAAAGACCAUAUGACGGUACUCCUUGUGGAAAGCAGCCCGCGGACAACUAUUGCCUGGACGGGGUGUGCGUACCAAAAGGUACAAAACCGAACAGCACCGAUGGCGGUUGGUCAGAGUGGGGCCUAUGGGGCGAAUGUUCGGCCACUUGCGGCAAAGGAAUUCAAGCACGCGAACGCGAUUGUAACAACCCCAGACCGAAGAAUAGAGGCAGAUACUGUUUAGGGCUACGUAAACAGUAUCAAGUUUGUUACGUAAUGGACUGUCCGCCAGACGAACAGUCUCGAAGGGUACAAUCAUGUAAGAAAGUCUUUAAGCAAAGAGGGGCUAUCCCGAUCCGAAGAGAGAUUAAAAAGGACUACAACAUACAAAGGGGAAUAGUCGAUAAGGAACAUCCUUGCUCCAAUGUUUGUGCUUAUAGAAUAGGCAAUAGGGGACCUUUUAUAACGUACUUUUUUGGCUUGUAUGUACCCAAUGGGAUUAAAUGUAAACUUGAGGAUCCCAAUUAUAUUUGUCUUGAUGGGCAGUGCAGUUUUGCCGCUUGCAAAGGCCCUAUCGGUCCAGAUAAUACGGCAGUCGAAGAUUUUUGUGGGGUAUGUGAUGGAGAUGGUACCCUAUGCAAGAUAGUUGAAGGUGAUUAUAAUGGCAUUUCUGAAUCCCAAUGGCAUAAAUUGGCAGAUAUUCCUGCCGGAGCAAGAAGCCUGAAAUUUUGGAAUGAUGACCCAUUAAAUGGGGUUAUUUCUAUCGGGGAUCCGAACGACAAUCAGGAAACUGCAAUAAAUUCACCGACUGAGUUUGAUCAAAGCCUAAGCGCGGGGGCGUAUCCUUUUUUUGAUAGAUAUAUGUUUUACUACGAGCAAGAGUUAAUUGAAAACGGGAAUAAGGGAGCGUUAAUUACUAUCAAAGUGGACCAUGUACGAGUAGACACCGCGCUUUACAUAUCACACAUAUUCCCUUUGAAAAACCUGAACAGGAAAGAUAAUGUUAAGGUUUUUUGGCAUUAUUAUGAACGCGAUCAGACUGCACAGAGAGAACCGAAAUUCAAAUGGGAUUUCGAUCACUACGGCGAGUGCAGCCACAAAUGCGGAGGCGGAAUUGCCGAACCGAUAAUUAAAUGUUUCGAAGACGUAGCAGGAAAAGUGAGCAAUAGAUUUUGUGAGGAAAAGAAACUUGAGAAACCUACAGUUGAAGCUAAAGUAUGUAAUUCGGAUCCCUGUCAUCCAGAGUGGAGAGUAGGUGCUUGGGGACCGUGUAGAGCAUGUAGAAAAAGAGGUGGAGUGAGGACUAGGGAGGUGCAGUGCGUAAAGGAAACAGGAAGAAAGGCGGGCGAUCCGAUACUUCUGAACGAUUCUGAUUGCGAAGGUAUGAAACCAGGCAUAGCGCAGUUGUGCUUUACACGGAAAGUUUGCGGCAACAGGAAAAGAAGGAGACCUGCGAUGCCAGGAAAGUUUCAGGACACCGUGUGGCGUCAAAUGAAGAAAAUUCAUAUUUUGCAAAAACGAUUGGUAACUCCUUUUAAGCAAACAAAGACGGUGCCGACACUUUUUGCCGAAACAACCACCAAAAGUACCACGUUAUUUACAUGGACCCCGCCACCGUUAAAAGACAAAUUUAUUGUGGAAACGGAACCCGAGAAGGUAUAUCAAGUUAACGAGCUAAUGGUAAUAGAUUCAAAUAAGUCUGACGAGGAUGCUCUUGGAGGCGUCCUUCCUGUAACCAUGGAAAUAUUAAACGGAACUACUCGUAUAUACGUUGUAAACGCAAAAGAGGAACGCGAUAAAAAACUAAAGAAGUUUGCAGAAAGAAAGACCAAAACCACUAAAAAGUCUAACUGAGUUCAUUUUUUUAUUAUGUGCUUAUUUAAGUAUUUUAUGUUAUUAUUAAGUUGUGAAAAUCCAUAAAUAAAAGCUAAUUUACUUUUUUUUAA